GAAAAGAUUGAGGUUGACUUAUUUUGCCUUUCGAUUACUAGAAAGCUGGUACUGCCGUGUCUGAAGCUUUAUAGCAACAACAUUGUUGUGCUUUGCGAUCCCGUUUCCUUCAAAAGAGCGGACGCAUAAAAGUGGAGACGGAGGGUUGUUUUCGCCAUGCAACAGGGGAACGGGAGGUUGAAAGGAAAUGGCGGCGACCAGAAUGGCGCUAGAGACGAUGGCUACACUAUUCCUUCACCGAAACACCCACUCCCUCCUCCCGAAGCCUUUCGACAACUGAAUGGAGUUUCUCACCCCCCAGAGCCCGAAACCCAGGACGACAGUCUCGACGAGAACAACGAACGCACUGCAAAUAGAGGGGAGGCGGCAGCGGCUGAAGCGGAAUCGUCCAUAACGGUACCGCGACGACCUUCCCAACUGAUACGGCGCCAGUCAUCUCUGUUUGGAAAGCUCCCUGUUCGUAGCAAUAGCCUGCUUUUUGGUGACGCAGUGAACGGUAGCAGCAGCAACAUCCCCCUCCACAACACCAAGGACUACAUCGACACCCUAGCUUCGGAAACCGCCAUGACCUCCACUACGAUCAAUUUUUCGCAGUCGCAAUCCACCUGGCUUCAAAACGACCACGAAUCGACCUUGUUGGGAGGAUCGCAGGUGCCGUUCCUCCACGAAAAUAAGUCGGACCUUCCGCAAUUGGAACAGCAGCAGGAACAACAAAACGGGAAUUCGUCCUUGUUCGGUGCCGUGAUGAGGCAGUUUAGCACCGGUAUUUCCAGUGCCUUUCCGAUGCCUCCUUCUUCGCCGUUUGGACGCAAGCCAUCUCGUAGCCUUGGUAGCUACGCGGAUUCCUCUCCUCAGAAAAAGGACGUUGGAGUCGGUGGCGGUUUUCGAAGCCUCAUCGCGAGUCCUUCCGGAAAAACCAUCAUGAAUAUUGUGAACCAAUUCAAUAGUCCCUUCAAGUUCCAAUCACCGAGUUCGAGCGACAGAAAAAGAAGGGCGCAGCGCCGACGACUCUGGAAAGACGACGAAGAAGACGAAAAAUCAAACGGCAAGAGUAAGGACGCCGAAGAUGACUAUACCACGCCAACAAAACGACGGAGAAUGCGACUGAAUUACGACGACGAAAAUAGCAAACCCAGCAUCAACAAUUUGUUUUCGGAUCACGGCAAUAGUGAUUCGAGGUCCAGCCUCGGGGGUGGCAUUGUGGAUGAAAGUUGGCGAGAAGCCCCGAUUGUUGGUUCCCUUUCAUAUCCGAGUCUCGACAACGAUCCAACCCGCAUGGAGUUUCUUGAUUGGUCGCUCCCUACCAAGCUGCGAAUCGAAGUGAAUGGUGGAACCCUUCGACAAAAACAGAGCAGAAACAUAGUUCAUUCGUGGGUUAGGGACGUUAUGCGCGACAACGCGGACGUUGUUACCUGCUGGAUCUAUAGCAGCCCUGUCUUACCGAACAACGAUGUCACAGGGAGUGAAAGUGGAGGAUUUGCCAUUGCCCAACAGGGUUUUGGGCUUCUAUCCCGAAGCAUAAGCACUUCGAAUCUCUCUGCUGUGCAGAGAAGCAUUGCUACAAAGAAGUCAACAAUGAGCCGCCAGGAUUCCUUUUCCAGCAGCCGUUUUGAUCCAAAGCCGAAAACCGUGAAAGGGAAGGCUUCCAACAAUGGCAAGAGCGACUGUGAGACUGACAGCGUCGGUUCAUCCAAUGCUUCGAAUCGCCUUGCAAAGUUUUUGAUUCGGUCCGUCCGAGGUCCUCGUGCGAAGUAUUCACGAAAACGUGUUCUGGAAGAGCAUUGCUGGUGGGACGAACAAGCGACGGACGGUAGCAGACCGACUUUGACCCAUGACGACCGAGUGGAGCGACUGCAGCGACGAUGGCAACAAGCAAUUCGCUCUCUUUAUUCAAAUUUCCGUCGUCGUGCGAUGAGUUACGGCAAUCAGAUGCACUCAGCGAAUGCUAUGGUUCUGGAUACGUACUUCUAUUGCAUAGGUCAAGACCACUCUGUCCUUUUUCGUGUUGCUGCUGCUAACGAUAGCGACGGCGACAAUGAAAUUCGCGCGAUGGUACCAGUCGUUCUGAUCUCUAGCACCAGUGAGGCGUUUCGGAAGCAGCUUGAACAAAAUGGGUUAGACAUGAGUUUUGACAACAGCGGGAGUGGAGACGAAACCGUUCGAUUUUUGGAGUCUAUUCAGGAGCGAGAAGCAAGAGAACGAAGGAAGGUCGCCGCCGCUGUCAAGGUCAACAAGAAACUGUUCGACAAAGCGAUUUUGAGCCCAGGAGUGAAGGCCGAUCUGGAGGCUCUACGACGGGCCCAAGCCUUUGGGGAGGCGGCCGGUGCCGAUGUCAUGGUCAAGGUAAGCAAAUCAGACCUCCAGUCAGAAAAUCAAGAGAAAGCAAAUAAGGCAUUUCCGAAAGCUCUGCGAAUAUCGGGGUGGGACAAUGUUUCUUUGUUCUUUGAAGUGUACUGGAACCAAUGCGGAGAUACGAUGGGAAUAAGAGGGGGCGGAAUGACCGAAAACGGUCUUUCUGCUUGUGCCAAGUCUACGAACCAAAGGCUUCCGUUGUUGAUCUGCCCCAACACGAAGGGCAUUAGUCAAUUUGAACAUGCUUCUAUGAAACGACUUCGUGUCUACCCGGUGGAAACCAUGCAGACAGCUGACGGUACCGAUAACAAGGGAAACAUAGAUUCACAGUCGCUAAAAAACKGGGACAAAGCAAAAGCAGUAGCGGAUCAGAGCAACGGUGUGGAAAUACGCGGCAUACUGCUGCCUUGUAUGGCUCGAAAGUUGUUGCUGUUGGCCCGGAAACAAAUUUUGGAAGACGAGAAACAAUCUUCUGCAAUCAGUUCGGCGACAGCACUGGGUGCCACGAAUCAAAAUCAUCCUGACGAACGACAGCAGAAGGACGAGCAGGAUGCCUCGCGGUACGUGGUACUUCAUUCGAUUCGACCAAACCCAACCUCAAUGGACACCGACCCAGUCCAAAAAUCUUUGAUCGGAGGUUUGAGCGGUACCUUGGUGUUCAACCAAGGAAAAGUGAAGAGGAACAAAGCCCGGGACUUAGAAAAGAACGAUUGCAAUCAGAAUCCUUUGUUUGAGUGUUACUCUGGAAAGGUAGUCUCCAUGGCUGUGUGGGAUGCUUCACGCGAAGAAGUAGCAGCCUGUAAAUUGGACGAUGCCUUCCCGGCCAAUUGGUACAACAACAAAAGCUAAAACAAAUACAUUGAAGCUAUUCCA